UUCUCUGUAUAAACAACGACCGGGACGGUUCGUGUGUAUCGUUUGCGUUUUAUGUUAGUAAAUUGUGAAAUUAAGAAGUAAAAAUGUCUGAGGUUGAUUCAGUAAAUACUAAUAAUGCUGUAAAUGAAGAAAACAGUCAAAACGAUAAAGCAGCUAAAGGUAAAAAAUCUAAAUCGCCCAGGCUUUCCACCAUUGAAAGAGCAAGAGAAGAAAGCGAAGCUAUCACAAAGGGUUUAGGUCCAGAAGUUGAAGGUAGGCGCCGGACUCGAUCAGCAGCUAAGGGGGUUCCAGCAACACCGCCGCCGCCAGCCAAAAAAGAAAGAAAAAGUUCGAGCUCUGGCAAAACUCGUGGACGACCAAAAAAAUCUACCGAGGAGAGUAGUGAUUCUCAGAAAUCAGAAACCUCCAUAACUGAAAGUGAGGAGGAAGCUAAAAUCAAUGAUGAAGCAAAGAGUGACGCAGAAACUACAGAAAAUUCACAUGACGAUAAAGAGGAAUCGGCAAAUAAUAAUGCCGAAUCAUCUAAAGAGUCUCCGGAAGCGACAGAGAACGGGGCAAGAGAGGAUGAUAGCGUAGACGCUCCCGCCUCAGAGGACGAGAAAAAAGAGGAAGAGGAAAGUAAAAGCAGCGCGGAAAACGCGUCAGAAUCAGCAGCGAGCCCUGCAACGGAAGCCAAGAAACCCGCCGAGUAAAUACAUUUUUAUAUGUUUGAUUUCUUAUUACAUACUGUAGGUUAAACAAUUUAAGAAAUUUAUUUGUAAUAUUACUGAAAAACAAAAUAGUUAUUUUUAAAUGAUUUGUGAUUUAUUGUACUAGAGUCUACUUUGAGGUUAGGUUAUGAGCGGCGCGAUGCGAUUGCAAGAUAAUUACUGUUAAUAAUAUAACAUAGGUUAGGCGUCAUUCUUUUGUAUAUUUCUCCUUUAACGGUAAUUAUUGUACAAUAUGCAUUUUUAUUACCUACAGACAAGUAAAUUUUAAAUUAUAAAAAGGAAAACGAUAGUGUAGGGAGUACAUAUUCGCGUAUGUACCUGAAUCUCUCCAUCUAUCUGAAUGUUUCAUUUAUUUUAUCCCUUUAUUUUUUAAAAAUUCCAUGUUCGAGCGGAUUGAACUGAAUAAACAUUCUAGCUCACACGUUAUCAGACACUCUCACCUCCCCCUCCCCCCUUCACGUUCAUGCAGAUCGGAGUUUCGGAAUAUAUAUAUAUAUAAUAUUUUUUGAAAAAAAUUGUUUCUAUAUACGGUUAUAAUUGCACCGGUUAGACGUUUCGAUAAUGGAUCUUGAAAUACCUGUAGCUAUACCAUUCAUUGUUUGUAUUUUUAUAGAAUUGUAGUAAUAUAUUUUUAUUUCAUUAUUCUUUCGACAUGAAACACUGUCCUUGAUUUUAUAUUUAUGUAAUCUAAACUGUAUGGUUAAUUGAAUGUGAAAUAAAUUUUCAUUAGACAAUUAUAAGAA